GCCAGCUCGGAUGAACAUCCUUCAGCCAUGUCAUCGUCGACUCCAACAACACUGUACGUCCUAGCUCCACCGGUCAACAAACCCGAAGAACCUCCUUCGCCAUUCAAGAAACGAGAUUUGAUCCCGCGUAUCAACCUUUCUCGUUCAGAGCUCACCGAUCGGGGGAGUGUGGCCAGUGCGUCCUCCUCCCAACAAGCGUCCUCACCACGGAAUUUCUCGAGACCGAUACGGAGUCCGCGGAGUCAGAGGCAGUCACUCGUGGGUGAUGAGAGCGCGAGUGAUUCGGAGGAUGCGAUUUUGUCAGGGUAUGAGGUUACCACCAGCAUUAUCCGGAGCAGGUCUCUCAACCGUGCGCAAGCCGCCAAAAUACCUGUGGAUACACGAGUCAGGCGAGGAUCAAAAGACAGUACAGGAUCUUCACUUCACAUCCAGUCAAGGAGCGAAGGCGUACCGCGGUCACCGACAAUGCCACUAAACAUCCCGAUUCCACCAGAACCAGAAGAGCCAUUUACCCCCUCCCCUCGCCGCACAAAAUCCGUGGGCUCCACCUCCUCCAAACGCCGGCGGCAAAAGUCGGUAAGCGGAAAUGGAAUGAGUACACCACGUACCACAACACCGAAAGCACCCGCCGGCACACCACCUUGGAUUAGCCCUUAUACGCCAUCUCCGCAUUUACAGCCUGAGCAGCAGCUUCUACCAACAGUCGCGAAACGCCUCGAACGCGAACGAUUUGAGCGUGAGAUGGCAGAGGGGAAACACGCCUUCGUCACAGUGUGGGAUAAAGACGGUCAACCACUCCUACGGCGGCCGAGUGAAAUGGAAGAGGAGGAGCAGAGGCAGAGGAUCUUGGAGGCGGAGAUGUUGGCGUAUGGAGCUAUGCCCACCCCGGGGGAGGUUGUGGGGAUUAAGGAUUUGGGUCAUCCACCAUCGACUGUUGGGGCGGGGGAUGUGGAUGAUUUUAUUGACACGUAUCUUGGGACGGAUGAGCAGACUGUCGGGUAUGUACAGGGACAUGGGUUGGACGGGGGGGUUGUGUUACUCCCUACAUCGCCUGUGUCGGCGCAUGCGACGGCCGCCGCGGAGCAACAACCAAUCCAGAUACUCCCUGCGCACGAAGUAAUAUUAGAGUCAACAAGUUAUACGCAAUCACCGACACAUACGGGACAACCGGCCGCGACAGCGGAGCCGUACAUACGACACUUAACUCCACCUCUUGGCGUCGAACCCAUUCAGCUCGCUACAGCCGAGGAGAUGCACGUCGUUGAAUCCCCAUUACCUUCACCACCUAUCACACGGACUUCGUUCCCCGGGCCCGAGGUGGGUACACAGACGGAACCGUUCGCAAGACAGCGGAAGCCGAUGAUUGCAAUGGGGAGUAGACAGGGGAGUAGGGAGUAUAGCGAGAGUGGAGGCGAGAGCUCUACGAAGAGUGGGAAUAGGACGAAUGGAACCGGGCAACGGGUGUUUUCCCCAGAGCAACAACUCGAGGUGGAGAGUGAGGGGAUGGCGGCAUCGAGACGGAGUGCCGGUGUCGGGACGACGAUUAUUCCGCCAGAGUCUGUGGCACGACUAGGACCGAUGCAGGUGUUCGAUAAAGUUGAGGAGCCGGGGCCGGCGCCGCGGGUUGAGAAGCGAGUGAGUAGUAAGCCACCAACGGCGAAGGAGGAGAGUACGGGGUCGAGGUGUUGUAUCGUGAUGUGAGCAGCAAUUGGGAGGCGAGUUAGGAUGCAUCAUUAUUGGCAUAUGUACGAUUUAAUAGGGAGAGGGAUCU